AGCGCAGCCAUGCUAUUAUUUGCAUUCCUAGUCAUGGAAACUCAGAAAAAUAUGAUCCUUUUGCUAUAAGAGCCACGGGGUAGCCUUACAGCAGACAGUUAACUCAAUAGACUUGGGGUGUUCAGAUGCUACACAUCCAAACCUCUAAGAUCUUGAAUGUCUUGCCUGAUAAGAAUGCCUCUGCAUAGGAUCCCUGGGCCCCGCCAGACAGCUGAUGCUCACAACAUGACUGAUGGCGGGGCCUCGAGCCAGGUGGUAUCAGGGGACCUCUGGAGGGGCUGGAGGCUGACUGACUAGCAUCAGUCAUGCAGCUGCUCCAGGCACCGCCAACCUCCAGUAAAACCGUGCUGCCAAGGCUCAGGCCAGCGUCCCUGGUUGUCACACUUGCAUGCUAGGAGAAUGACGGGCAUUCAUAGGCCUCCCCUGGAGUGCUCACUGCAGCCUUCCUCCUGGUCUCUCCUGCACUCUGCCUUCUGUGCCUUUUCCUUUGCUGAUUUUAACCUAAGUCCUUUCACUCUAAACUCUAAACCCUUAUCAUGAGUAUGAUGGUUUUUCCGAGUAGCGGGAGCCCUGCAGGAGGUCUUACGCACCUGGACUCAGUGGCCCAUUCACAUCUAGUACUGUAGGGCCUGCUUGGUUGCCUUGGUUCCGUGAAACAUCUCCCACAAGGCGGGAGACCCCUGCGGUGGGCUCCAGGUAGCUGUGUGGGCCUGCAGGGCAGCGGGCAGGGAGUGGGGCCGAGAGCCCGGGCGGUGCACAGUCUGCGGGUCUGUACAGGAUGAGCACUGCCAGCAGCAGGUUCCACGCUGCCAGGCCCCACCCCGCCCUCAGGAAGGCCUUGCCUGCCUGCUUUAAGGGGACUCUCGGCUCAGGGCCAGACCCUUGGUGCUGGAGGAAGUCAUGGGUGGAGGACAGGGGGCACUAAGCGGGCAGCCAGGACCCCCAGGCUGCAGACAAGAAAGGGACUGUGGGGUCACCAGGUCUGGGCCACAUCAAGGAAUGUGGUUGAAGACCCGCCCGUAGGAGCUGAAAGCCAGGGCGCUGCCAGGCCUGAGAGUCCCCAAACAGCCCUUGGGCCCGGUUUGGGAGGAUGAAGCUGGAGCUCCCACCCCGCCCUGCCCCCAGGGGGCGGCCCGGGGCCGGAGCGAGAGGAGGCAGAGGGGGCGCCAGGCCGCGGGAGAGGAGGCUAUGGGCGUGCACGGGGCGCUGCUGCUGGCGCUGCUGCUGGCGCGGGCUGGACUCGGGAAGCCGGAGUCCGAUGAGGCGGAGCUGUUGUCAGAGGCCUGCGGCCACCGGGAAAUUCACUCGCUGGUGGCGGGCGGAGUGGAGUCCGCGCGCGGGCGCUGGCCAUGGCAGGCCAGCCUGCGCCUGAGGAGACGCCACCGAUGUGGAGGGAGCCUGCUUAGCCGCCACUGGGUGCUCACGGCUGCGCACUGCUUCCGAAAGCACUACUAUCCUUCCGAGUGGACGGUCCAGUUGGGCGAGCUGACUUCCAGGCCAACUCCUUGGAACCUGCGGGCCUACAGCAAUCGUUACAAAGUGCAGGACAUCAUUGUGAACCCUGACGCCCUUGGGGUUCUACACAAUGACAUUGCCCUGCUGAGACUGGCCUCCUCUGUCGCCUACAAUGUGUACAUCCAGCCCAUUUGCAUUGAGUCCUCCACCUUCACCUUCGUGCACCGGCCGGACUGCUGGGUGACCGGCUGGGGGUUAAUCAGCCCCAGUGGCACACCUCUGCCACCUCCUUACAACCUCCGGGAAGUGCAGGUCACCAUCUUAAACAACACCAGGUGUAAUUACCUGUUUGAACAGCCCUCUAGCCCUAGGAUGAUCCAGGAUUCCAUGUUUUGUGCUGGUGCUGAGGAUGGCAGUGUAGACACCUGCAAAGGUGACUCAGGUGGACCCUUGGUCUGUGACAAGGAUGGACUGUGGUAUCAGGUUGGAAUCGUGAGCUGGGGAAUGGACUGCGGUCAACCCAAUCGGCCUGGUGUCUACACCAACAUCAGUGUGUACUUCCAGUGGAUCCGGAGGGUGAUGUCCCACAGUACACCCAGGCCAAACCCCUCCCAGCUGUUGCUGCUCCUUGCUCUGCUAUGGGCUCCCUGACUCCUGCAGCCCUUCUGAGUCCACCAGAAACUGUGAGGCUGCAGUGGGGACCACAGUAUUGGCUCACUCCCCUGGGCAGUGGGCACUUCAGGGACAGGGUUGGGACUGCCUGCUGGAUCAGAUUCCUUUUGUCCCAUUUGCUAAUAAAUAUGUGUGCAUG